UCCCGUGCCGCUGCCAUGGCCGGGCCGGCGCCGCCGGUCACGCAGCAGGUCGGGCGGGCGCGGGGCGGCGGGCGGCGGCCGGAGCUGGAGCGGCUGCGGGAGGCUGCCCGCUGCCCGGUGCUGGACGCGGACGGCAGGAGCGUCCCCUUCCAGGCCCUGUUCGCGGAGCAGAAAGCGAUCGUGCUGUUCGUGCGGAACUUUUUGUGUUACACCUGUAAGGAGUAUGUAGAAGAUCUGGCAAAAGUCCCCAAGGCAUUUUUACAAGAAUCAAAUGUGAGGCUUAUAGUUAUUGGACAGUCAUCAUAUCAUCACAUCAAGCCCUUUUGCAGUUUAACUGGGUAUACACAUGAAAUGUAUGUAGAUCCACUAAGGGAAAUUUAUAAAAUACUUGGGAUGAAAAGAGGUGAAGGUAACAAAGCAUCAGUUCGGAGCCCUCAUGUGAAAUCAAACACUCUUCUGGGCAGUAUUAGGAGUGUAUGGAGAGCAAUGACUGGCCCAGCUUUUGAUUUUCAAGGAGACCCUGCUCAGCAGGGAGGAGCUUUGAUUAUAGGCCCAGGCAACGAAGUUCAUUUUUUGCAUCUUGAUAAAAACAGGCUGGAUCAUGUUCCCAUUAAUACAGUCUUGCAGCUGGCAGGAGUUAAAACAGUGAAUUUCUCAAACAAACCCCAGAUUAUUGACAUAUGACACUGAUGUAAUAUAUAAUUAUUUAAAAGUUUGUGCUCUACAAGAACAGCUCUCCAUUGAAUUACAAGAAGUAUUAGUUCUGUUGCUUCUUUGUGGGACAUUUGAAAACUUAUCUAGAAAAUCAGAGCAUAGAAUAAACUACCUGACAUUAGAGAUGGAUACAAAAGUGCUAUUUCCAUUGAGUACAAGAUAAUAAAAACUAAAACACAAUUGAGACCGAUUGCAAAAAAUCCUGGAGCUUGUCAUUGUCUCAUCUGACAAACUUGCUAUUGUUUUUUUAAACAUCAUUGUUUAAGGUGCACUAAAGUAAGAAAUCAGAUUUUGCUCAGGAAAAACUUGGGAUUCUUGCCUUCAGCAGAUCAACACUGGCUUUCAAUCCAAGACUUUUCAGUACUGUUUUAAAGCUUCCAGCACUGUAUGACAAUUUUAUAUUGAAAUACACCUUGAAAAGUCACAAUUUUGAAUAGCUGGACUUCAUUUGCAUCUGGCAAUGGCAGAAGUUAUGAAAAACAUUUCAUAAAUUCAAAUAAAUAUUUUAAAUACACCAUCAUGUAUUGUCUGCAAUUCUUUUGUGUGACACAAAAUCAUGGGUAAGACCAGAGAGAGAUGUGUCUUAAAUUUGUAUCUGAUCAGAUUAUUGGUUUUGGCAUAAGCCGAAUUAUUUGUGUUCCUAUGAAGAUUUGCAGCAGAAUGUUCUUCCUUUGUAUAUAUGUAUUUUCUCUCAGAGCAAGAGGUCUCAGAAUAAAAUGUUCUUAGUUAUUUCAGUCUUAGACAACUGAAGUAAGCAUAACAGCAUUCUUUCUGGUUUGCAGUUCUGGCAAAUUUCAUAUUAUUAAUUUAUCUGCAGAUGUUUAUGUUCAACUUCUGUUGGUUUCAUUAAAGUAGACAUGCCCUCUUUCAUCUAGGAUACACCUCUUUUUAGCAAAUUGGAAAAAAAAAAAAUCAAGAUUUAUGGAGGAGAGUAUCCUUCUCUGCAGCCUUUGACCUUCACUGUAAAAUGCUACCAUACAUACAAGUCUCAACCACAAAUUUUCUCCCCUUUUAAGCUUUACUGCAAUUGUGAAAUGGCAUUUUGUGAAGAUGUUUGUUCCUGCAUCCAUUAAGGUCACUGGCAGGCCCAGAGCAAGGUCUGGAAAGCUUUACACUGUUAAGAGCAUGUGAAAUUUUAAGUGCACUGUUCCUUGAUGAAAAAUAAAAGGCUUGCUUAAGAAGCAUAACAGUACUGAACAAUGUAAUUCUAUUAAACAUACUAUGCCUUAGGAACUUAUUCAUUACACCCCUAUUUUGAUAUUAUGUGUUUAGAAGAAUGUUUUUAUUAAUGGAAAAAUACAGUUGACAGUUCUCUGCUAAACAGCACUUGGCACAGGGCUGAAGGUGUGCAGACUCUGAAUCCCCAAACUCGGCAUAAGAGACUGGGACAGGCAGCUCAAGCUCACAGGGGAGUGAAGUCUGCUUUUCAUGAACCACUGUUCCUACAGUCUCAAAUAAGGAGCUGCCUCCUUCCUCCAGCACUCUCCCAGCUCAACAUUAUUUUUCAGCUUGCCAGGAACUCUGGAAUGCAUCUGCCUCUCUGCCUUAUGUUCCUUAAAUAACAGCCAAAAGCAGGCUGGAAAACUGGUCAUAUGUUUGUAAAACAAAGACAAUAAACAAAUAAAAAAUAUUUUCAAAGACAA